GACAGACCUCAAUCAAAGAGUAAGAAGAAAGAAAAGGAGAAGCUUUUUUGAAUACUUGAAAAAUGGGUGCUGAAGAAAAUAAGGGUGAUGUAGUAAAGAAGAAGAAGACGAGUGGCAUUGGAUCACUCAGAUCGAUUUUGAUUCAUGCGGAUAAAGUAGAUUGGUUGUUGAUGGUUGUGGGGCUUAUUGGAUCGAUUGGUGAUGGGAUCUCCACCCCAGUCAUGUUGUUCAUUAGUAGCAAGCUGUUGAACCAUAUUGGUGAUGCACCCACCAAUUCUGCAGAUGUCAUCAUUCAUAACAUUAACAUGAAUGCACUGGCGCUUUGCUAUGUGGCUUGUGCACAGGGACUCCUCUGUUUCCUAGAAGGAUAUUGUUGGACAAGGACCAGUGCGAGACAAGCUGCAAAGAUCAGAGCUAGUUAUUUAGGAGCAGUGCUAAGGCAAGAAGUAAGCUAUUUUGAUUUGCAUGUGACAAGUCCCUCAGAGAUCAUCACAACUGUCUCAAACGAUUGUCUGGCUAUUCAAGAUGUCAUAAGUGAAAAGCUUCCCUUCUUUUUAAUGAACUUGGCCAUGUUCUUGGGGUGCUUUAUAAUCGGUUUGAUAUUGCAAUGGAGGCUCGCAAUUGUUGGGCUUCCAUUUGUGAUUUUAUUGGUGGUUCCUGGUAUAUUGUAUGGAAGAACUUUAAUGGUGUUGGCAAGAGGGAUAGCGGAAGAGUACAAAAAAGCAGGAAAUAUAACUGAGCAGGCAAUAUCUUCCAUCAGGACUGUGUAUGCAUUUGUUGGCGAGACCAAAACCAAUGUUGCAUAUUCCACAACUCUUGAAUUCUCGGUGGUACUGGGUUUGAAGCAGGGACUGGCUAAGGGUCUGGCUUUUGGCAGUAACGGUGUUGUUUUCGCCAUUUGGUCUUUCAUGGUAUACUACGGAAGCAGAAUGGUCAUGUACCAUGGCUCCAAAGGUGGCACUGUUUUCUCUGUCAGCACCCUUGUGGUUGUUGGAGGAUUAGCGCUUGGUUCCAGUUUAUCCAACCUGAAGUAUUUCUCAGAGGCAUGGUCAGCAGGAGAGCGAAUGACUGAAAUCAUAAGACGAGUGUCCAAGAUUGACAUAGAUAAUACUGAAGGUGGAUCCUUGGAAAAUGUCAAAGGUGAAGUCGAAUUCAGGCAUGUUGAAUUCGCCUACCCAUCUAGACCGGACAACAUAGUUUUCAAAGAUUUCUCUCUGCAUAUUCCUUCUGCCAAAACUGUGGCCUUGGUGGGUAGUAGUGGAUCUGGGAAAUCAACCUUAAUAGCUCUAUUGCAAAGGUUUUACGAUCCGCUUCGCGGUGAAAUACUUCUUGAUAAUGUUGCCAUUGAUAAAUUGCAACUAAAGUGGCUAAGAUCACAGAUGGGUUUGGUAAGCCAAGAGCCUAUCCUAUUUGCUACAUCUAUCAAAGAAAACAUACUUUUCGGGAAGGAAGAUGGUUCAGUUAAAGAGAUUGUUCAAGCUGCCAAAUCUUCCAAUGCUCACAAUUUCAUCAGCCAAUUCCCUCAGGGUUAUGAUACCCAGGUUGGGGAGAGAGGGGUACAAAUGUCAGGAGGACAAAAGCAAAGAAUUGCAAUAGCUAGAGCAAUCAUAAGAUCACCAAAGAUCAUGCUACUUGAUGAAGCUACAUGUGCAUUAGACUCAGAAUCUGAAAAAUUUGUCCAAGAAGCUCUCGACAAAGCUUCUUAUGGUCGUACCACCAUCAUCAUUGCCCACCGUAUCUCCACCAUACGAAAUGCGGACAUCAUUGCCGUGAUCCAAAAUGGCCACAUUAUCGAAACAGGAACUCAUGACGAGUUAAUGGAACACCAAGAUGGCUCGUAUGCUUUCCUUGUUCGUACUCUACAAUUAGAUAAAAAAGAAGACAACCAGAAUGAAGCUCCUUCGUCCUUGUCUCUCGCUCCAAUUCCUGUCAUCAAUAACACCAGUAGUCGCAUGUUAUCUCUAGGGGCCUCAUCGAGUGCUGCCAUGGCAGAAAAUAUGCCACUCUCUGGCUCAUCUGAGGCCCAAAAAGUUCCAAACCCUUCUUUUUUUAGGUUGAUUGCGUUGAACUUACCAGAAUGGAAGCAAGCAUUUAUGGGAUGUAUAGGCGCGAUACUGUUUGGAGGAGUCCAACCCACAUAUUCCUUUGCCAUGGGGUCGAUGAUAUCAGUGUAUUUCUUCAAAGACCACAAUCAGAUUAAGGAGAAGACUAUGAUAUAUUCGCUCUCUUUUCUGGGAUUGGCAUUUGCUUCUCUGAUAGUUAACGUUGUUCAACAUUACAAUUUCGGCUACAUGGGCGAGAAGUUGACAAAAAGGGUUCGCGAGAGGAUGCUGUCAAAGAUUCUCACUUUCGAGGUUGGUUGGUUUGACAAGGAUGAGAAUUCGAGUGGUGCAGUCUACUCUAGACUUUCCAAAGAUGCCAAUGUGGUGAGAACCGUUGUUGGCGAUCGUAUGAGCCUCCUUGUACAAACACUUUCAUCAGUAAUUGUGGCAUGGACGAUGGGGCUCAUGAUUGCUCCCAAGCUCGCCAUCAUAAUGAUCGCAGUUCAACCCAUUUUCAUCAUCUGCUUCUACACCCGGCACAUCCUGAUCAAGUCCAUGUCUCAACGAGCCGUCAAAGCCCAUAACGAGACCAGCAAGCUCGCAGCCGAAGCAGUCUCCAACCUCAGAACCAUCACCGCAUUCUCUUCUCAAGCCCGGAUCCUCUCAAUGCUCGACAAAGCCCAAGAAUCCCCACGACGAGAGUUCAUUAAACAGUCUUGGUACGCCGGUCUAGGUCUCUCCACUUCACAAUGCCUCAUGUUGUUGACCACUGCUCUAGAUUUGUGGUAUGGCGGGAAACUCGUCUCUCAGCGAGAGAUCUCAGUUAAAGCCGUGUUUGAGACAUUCUUAAUUCUGAUCAACACCGGUCCGGUGAUUGCCAACGCUGGAGCCAUGAUCACGGACCUUGCCAAGGGGUCGGAAACUAUUCGGUCUGUGUUUGACACAUUGGACCGACAAACGAGAAUUGAGCCAGAGGACCCAAAAGGUUACAAGCCUGAAAGGAUAAUGGGCUUAAUUGAGUUUCAAGACGUGGAUUUUGCUUACCCAACCCGACCCAACAUGAUUGUGUUCCAAGGGUUCACGAUGAAAAUAGAAGCUGGGAAAUCGACAGCGCUGGUGGGACAAAGCGGGUCCGGGAAAUCAACUAUCAUCAGUUUGAUUGAACGGUUCUAUGACCCCCAACGAGGAACAGUGAGAAUCGACGGUCGGGAUGUGAGGACGUAUAACCUCCGAUCCCUGAGGAAGCAGAUCGGGCUAGUAAGCCAGGAGCCUGUUCUAUUCGCUGCCACGAUCAAGGACAACAUCACCUAUGGCUCGGUCCAGGACGAGAUCGGCGAGUCAGAGGUGAUUGCGGCAGCGAAGGCUGCCAAGGCACACGAUUUCAUCUCGGGCCUGAAUGAUGGUUACGACACGUGGUGCGGCGACAAAGGCAUCCAAUUGUCGGGAGGGCAGAAGCAGCGGAUCGCGAUGGCCCGCGCGGUGCUGAGGAACCCAAAGAUUCUUCUGCUAGAUGAGGCGACGAGCGCCCUGGACGGGUGGUCGGAGAAGGCAGUGCAGGCAGCGGUGGAGAGGGUGAUGGUCGGGAGGACGAUCGUGGUGGUGGCCCACAGGUUGAGUACAAUACAAAACUGUGAUUCCAUCGUGGUUUUGGAGAAAGGGGUGGUCAUAGAGAGCGGGACCCACUCGUCUCUGUUGGCAAAAGGACCCGCCGGAGCUUAUUACUCCUUGGUUAAUCUUCAACGGAUCUCGGUUGAUGUAGCUUAA